AAAUGAUCGAGCGUUUUGAGGAUUUAAACUCAUGGCAUCUUAGAAAUUGUAAAAAACAUUCCCAAUAUAGCGCAUUUCAUCCUUCGGUAAUUUGCCAACCUGGUUCGGAACAAGACAGAAAACCCAGCUUGAUACACGAUUUGAAACCUAGCUUGCUCCACGACGUAAAACCUAACUUGCCACACAGCGGGCAAUCCAGCUCGCAACACAACCCCGUUCACUACAAUGGCCCCGUGGUUAUACCGAUUACGCAUAGAGUCGGAGGAGUAGAAAGUCUUUUCUAUCGCAACGGCCAACUCUUCUUCACAGACGAUUUCAAACAUGAAUUCUGUGCAUAUCUUGAUUCGAGUGAAGAAAUAUUUUGCACUUUUAUAGGCCUCGGUACUUUAUCUUUUGCUGUUCCUGUUGCACACCAUUCGGAUCAUUUUGUGCUUGGUUAUAAUAAUAAAAUUACAUUGAUAGACUGGAAUAGUUUAACAAAUAAUUCACUUCGCAAAAUGAAGAUAUAUAACGUAAUCCACCUGCACGAAAACGAAUCAUUCAAUUAUGGAAUUGCCGACCCUUUGCACGGACUAUGUAUUUGGUCAGUUAAGAAGGGUGAACCUGUUUCGGGAAGAGUGUGGACAUUUCAUCCACUUUUGCCUGCCCCGCAACUUGUAGAACAGAUGCUUCCGGGAAUUCCUGUGACCAAUGGAAUCGUGUGGAGUCUUAGCGAUCCUACAAAGUUGUAUUGCAUCAAUAAUAGGAAUAACGUAAUUCAUACGUUUAUUUAUAAUGUGGGCGAAAGAAGGGUUGUUGGGGAAGCUGGUAUCGCUUUUGACUUGGAACAUUGGGCUCAAAUCCAGCGACCUCCUCUCUACUACGGUCAUGCCAUGCUGGGCCGUAUGACAAUCGAUACGAAAGGUCGGCUCUGGGUGCCUCUUUAUGGAGGUUCACACGUCAUUCAAAUCAAUCCAAAUACUAGAGCAGUUCUUCAAGCUAUUCACAUACCUGCAGCCCGAGUCAGCGCAUGCAUUUUCGGUGGUCCUAAAUUAGAUAUUUUAUAUGUAUCUACAGUGACUUUUGGUGCUGAUGAACAACAUCCAGCUGGCGAUCAGGGUGGUAUGAUUUACGCUGUCAGUAACAUCGUGGCAAAGGGACAAGCGGCUAGGCCAUUCAACAUGCAAUCCUGA